AUGAGGUUGGCUUCAUUGUUGGUGUUCUGUUCGGCAGUGCAAACGGGCACGCCUUCGUAUGAUCAGAUUGUGAAAUUUGACGGGACGGCGGAGUCAAGGGUGGGGCCGGCUGGCAUGUUUCAAGACGCGAACGCGAUGGCGUUCGCAAUUACGGCUUUGAGUGCGCGUGUGGCAGAGUGGGUGAACGUGUAUGCUGCGGCGCCGCCGGGGGUGCUGAAUGAGGGAACAAAGAUUGCGGCUAAGGAAGUCAUUCAGAGCGUGCCGUACCUCCGUUUCACCAAGCACAUCUAUGACCGUUGUGCUAUUUCUUCGGAAGAGCUUCCAGAGUGCUAUGCGGCCGGUUUCCGUCGGUUGAACCCGACGGGCCAGAGACUAUGGGGCGUGGCGUAUCGGAAUUUCAUUGAGAGUGAUGAGGCGUGGCAGGUCGUGACUAGUAUGUGCACCGUGUACGCGGAAGCCCUGGCCCUGCCCAUCGGGAAGCGGGGCAACCUGUGCUUGAUGAUCGGCGAAAUAUUAGACACCGCGCACUCAGCCGCCGUCUUGUCGACGUUCCAUAGCGAAAAAGAAGCAGCCGUUUGGGAGCCAAAUUACACCGCGAUGUUCCUUCAGCAAGAGUCCGCAGUUCUCCGGCGCAACGCCCCCCUCCGAAACCUGGUUUCCGUCAGUGGAAACCCUCUAGACAAACAAGCGGUAAGCAACAACGGGCAACCCUUCAGUAACAACACUCAGCAAGCGGGAGUGGGAACAGCAAGUGGGAACAACAAUCUAUAUCACUCUACUUAG